AUGUCAUUAUUUUCAUAUUUAUUUAUCUCCGUGUGUUUGACACAUUCUUCGCGUCUCUCCGCAAUUUUUAAAUUUUGUACGUUCGUCAUACGCGAGUUCGUACGUUUUAGAAUCGAAUACGAAGAUAUCAAUAAAAUCAAUGUAACCCCCCAAAAAAACAGAAUAGUGCGGAAUAAAAAAAAAAUCACUCCCAAUCUUGCAAACCUCAUAUACCAUACAUUUCUAUUCAGACAAAAUCACAUAGAAAUCUGUAAAGACGACUUAGAUCAGCAGGACCGAUCUUGUGGAAAACUCCUCACCACGGAUUCUUCCGGUCGAUUCAUCGUUGGGGAGGACUCUGUACCCAUGCAAUUAUGGCAGCACGUCGAUCCCGAUGGUAAAUUACACUACUCGUUGGUGCCUGUGUUGGACGACAAGAAAAUGUUAGAACUUUCGAAAGAAAUUACCGAAGAAAAUCCCAACGUCUCCCUAACAUGUGUAAAAAUGGAGACCGAUGAAGAAGAGAAUAACGUGAAAACCUACGUCGGCAGUUUGGUGCACUUAUACAACUUUUACACGUGUGACAAGUGCAAUAUGAACUUCCCUAUGGAAAGUAUGUUAAACAGGCACAAGAUGUCCAACAAGCUGAACUCGUGGCUUCGUAGAAAACGACUGAACUCUAGACAUCGAUCGAAGAUAUCUUCGGGAAAACAGAUUAAGCCAGUGCAAUCGCAGAAACCAAGGAAGAAAAGAAGGUACGGUUGCACAUCCUGUGAGUUUAUCUGUAGCGAAAGGUCCAUGUUAAACGUUCAUAUUAGAAAGAAACACAAGUCUAUAGUCAAAAAAGAUUUUAAAAUCUUGUGCAUCAUUUGUAACAGAAAAUGUGGUACUCGGUCUAAUUUGAAGAAACACAUGGAGGAACACAGAGACCGGAAGACGACUUACUUUACGUGCAAUAGUUGCAACUUCUUGUGUAAAAGAAGCAGCACUCUGAUUUCUCAUAUAACGCUGAAUCAUCAGCCGCUUAAUAGCGAGGAAAUCCCAAAGAAGAGAUGCAACGAUAAACCUUCAGAAAAGGAAGAAUCUAGAGGAACCUGUUUAAAGGAGCAAGAUAAGGACAAUUCGACCGUCUCAAGCACUGCGUUCGAGUUCGAAUGCAAGAAUGAACCUUCAGUGGCCACUCGCGCGAGCAAGAAACAAAGUAAAAAGUCUGUCGAGGAACAAUGCAAUCUGUGUGACUUUAAAUGUGCAAAGAAAAGUACGUUAUACUCGCAUAAGCGGCAGCAUAAGAUGGAAAUCAGCGAAGAGUACUCGUGUAACGAAUGUUCAUUUAAGACUUAUAAAAAGUCAUCUUUAUAUUCACAUAUAAAAAGGAAGCAUAAGGUACCAAAAUCGUGCACGUCCGAUGGUCAACCGCAAUUAUUUUAUUGCACUCAAUGUGACUAUAAGAAUAAGAAUAAAUACGAACUAAAAGUACACGUGGCCAGGAAGCAUACGGAUGAUUUUAAAUUUUCUUGCGAGACUUGUGGAAAGAAAUUCAAAGUAAAAGGCGAUUUAACGAAUCACAUACGUUUCAGUCAUAAAGAACAACCGGUUAUCUGUGAUGUUUGCGGGAAAACGUGCCUAAACAGCAACUCGUUGUACGUACACCAAAAAUUUGCUCAUUAUAAAGCAAAAUACGAGUGUCAAGUAUGUAAAAGGAGAAUGGUCACUCAGGAAAAUUUGAACGAGCAUAUGAUCCGACAGCACGAAAAGAGGGAGAACGUGGUUUGCGAAGAAUGUGGCAAGACGUUCUCCAGAAACAGUAGGCUAAAGGUACACAUGAGGAUCCACACAGGCGACAAACCGUACACUUGUACCAUAUGCAAUAAAUCGUUUGCACGUAGAACAGCGUUGAAGCAACAUUUGUUAAUUCACACCGGCAUCAGGCCAUACGUUUGCGAUAUUUGCGGCAAAGCAUUCACGCAGAAGCCUGGAUUGAUCAGUCAUAGAAAAUCUCAUCCUGGAUCGCAUCCUCCGCUUCCAAGAGUGUUGAUCGACCAUAUAUUAAACGAUGUGAUGAAUAAUUGAGACUGUUAAUUGUAUAAACAAUUGAAGUGGGUCGUUUAAGGGCGAAGUCUGGAUUGAGAACUGUUUUACAGCGAACAGUCUCGUGCAAUUAACGCUUUAUGGUUUAUGUUAUUAUUAGAGAUUAUACCUUUGCGAUCUUUCACGUUGAAUUGGAUUUGACAUUUUAUUUUAUUGGAUAUUUUUCAUUUCUAAGAGAGAAGUAGCAGAAAGUGUGUUUUUCGCUUCUUUUCGAUCAUAGAGUUAAUAUUUAUCUAAAGAGAAAAUGGUACAGGUAUUUAUAUAAUGGCGUAAAAUAUAUAAAGAUUUUUCUAUUAAAGUUUAAAGUAAAAUUUUUCUAUUAAAAAAAUAAAAAUUAACAUUGCCAAAAAAUUUUCUCAAACUAAAGAUUUCAUCUCUUGUACCAUUUUAUCCUCGUGUAAAACAUUCUGUUUUGUUACAAUUCAAUCUAAUAGAAGCACAGUAGAACAUUCCUUAUGGAAACACCCGUUAUCCUCCACGUUAUCUCUCAACUGUAUUAUUAAAAAAUUGAUCGGUUUGAUCGAACACCUUUGUCCCCCAAUUAGUUCGUACAGCGCAAAUUCUAUUGUAUUUCAACAACAGUACAUGUUACUUUUUAUAAAAGCAUAAAAUAAAUUAAAUUUAUUUUAAAUGCGACGCAAAACAGUGGACCGCAAAGAGUCGAAGAACAAUGUCAAAAGUUAAGUUACUCGUAAGAUAUAACGUGUAUACGAUAACCUAUCGUCUAUGUCAUUUUUAUAAUUUGCUAGCGUUAUUAUGACACGCUAUAGAGAUUUAAAAUUUCCAGAAAGAGAAUCUCUAUGAAAUCAACUGUUUUUGUAUGCAGAGCAUACAAUUCACCUUCUCUUGCGUUUGUAGUACGUACUGCGUUGCAUCCUCAUUUUUGAAAGCUAUAUGUUUGGAAUAUUGGAAUUAUCUCCACUCCUAUUUAAAAUAUCGAAACAUUUAAAAACGGAUUUCCAAACGAUUGUUUAAAUUUUUGUUUAAAUUCUAAUCAUACGCAUUAAAUUAUUUGUAAAAAAAUACUAUUUUAUAUUAAAAUUGUUAUUGGGCAAUUUCGUUCAUUUGUAACACUCCGAAUAUAUAUAUAUAUACACCUUGCAUAUCUAUAAAAUACAUCAUACUGCAAGAUCUUUCUUAUAUAUAUAUAAUAUAUCCGACAUUGAAUCGAGUCUCUCAUAGUGUUAUAUUCAACAAUGAUAUUCAUUAAUCUUCAUUACAGUUCCAUUACAGCGAAAUGUUUAUUAUCCGUCCAAUGAAGUUCUUCUAUUUUCGCUUGACUAAUUUCCUGUAAUUUAACGAUAAUUACACAGCAAUUGAACAAUU